CGCCACCGCCACCGCCACCGCCUGUGCCUUGCCGGCCUUCCGGCGCCGCACGACGCACUAAAGCUGCUCUUUAACGACGGCUCCGCCUCCCGUCCCUCCGGCCCCGCCUGCUCCCUUCCGCCGCCCUCCAUGUUCUCCCCCCCGCCAUGGCGGCUCAGCGCCGCUCCUGGUUCUUGUUCGGCCUCAGCGCCGAGGAGGCGGCGGGGGAUGCGGGGCCGGGGCGGCACCGCGUGGAGCCGAGCGGCGACGGCAUCCGCCGCGUGUGGCCCGCGUGGAGCUACGCCGUGCUGGAGACGGGCUCCGGGCUGGAGGUGCUCAGCGCGGGGCGGCGGCGGCGGCUGCCCGAGGACUGCGAGGCGGCGCUGCCGUCGGAGACGCACGUGGUGCUGCUGAGGGGGGCGGUGGUCGAGGCGUGGCCCCGCGCCGCGGUGCUGCGGGGAGAGCUGCGGGGAGAGCCCGCGUGGAGCCGAGCGCUGCCGCCGGGAUCGCGCCCCGCGCUGCCGCUGCUGCCGGACGGCUUCGUGGCCCCGCGGCCGCCCUUCUACACGGCGCUGCCCGGAGCGCUGCCGCUCCGCGCGUUGGCGCUGGGACACGAACACGUCGUGGGGCUGGGAGCGGCCGGGGAGGUGUACGGCUGGGGAGGCGGCAGGCACGGGCAGCUCGGCCACGGCAGCCUGGAAUCCGAGCAGCAGCCGCGGCUGGUGGAGGCUCUGGGCGGUCUGCCCGUGAGGGCAGUGGCAGCUGGCGGGUGGCACUCGGCCUGUAUCAGCGAUGGCGGAGACCUCUACGUGUGGGGCUGGAACGAGUCGGGCCAACUGGGGCUGCCCUCCCGGGCGGUGGCGGAAGAGCAGCCAGAGGAUGAGGACGUGGGUGCAGGGCCCGAAGAGCCGCCGCUGCCUGAGGAGCCGCCAGGCCCUGCCUUCAUCUCCAUCCAAGCCUUCCCGGCCCUGCUGGACCUCCCGCUGGAGCCGGCGGUGGCUGCAGUGAGCUGCGGCUCACGGCACACAGCUGCGGUCACACGAGGCGGAGAGCUGUACACCUGGGGCUGGGGUAAAUACGGGCAGCUCGGGCAUGGGGCCCGUGCCAGCUGUGACCAGCCACGGCGUGUGGAGCAGCUCUGGGCUGAGGGGCUGCGGGCGCAGGAGGUGGUGUGCGGGCCCUGGAGCACGUAUGUCUGCGUCCUGCAGCAGGGAGGGACGCGGGGCUCCCCCCUGCCCUGCACGGCCCCAGCCCUGCAAGCUGGAACUGAGCCUGGGAGGUGCCAGGAGGAGCUCAGCCCCCAUCCUUGAGCUCAGUGCUGGAGCGGUGCUGCUGCCCAUUGUGGCCCAGCGAGGGGCUGCUGCUGAAGAUGAGGCAGAAUGAAUGUAUUUAUUAAAUGUAAUUUUUUUGUAACA